GUGAAGCGGAGCCGCAGAGCUGCCGUGGGGAAGGCAUCAGGAGGGGGUUUGGGCAGCACCAAACCUGUUGAGGAGGCUGCUGAGCCCCAGCUUGGUCUGACCUCUCGUUUCCCCUCCAGAAUCGGCCGGCUCUUCGAUGGCACGGAGCCCAUUGUCCUCGACAGCCUCAAGCAGCAUUAUUUCAUCGACAGGGACGGGCAGAUGUUCAGAUAUAUCUUGAAUUUUUUAAGGACGUCGAAACUCCUCAUUCCUGAUGAUUUCAAGGACUACAGUUUGUUAUAUGAAGAAGCAAAAUAUUUCCAGCUUCAGCCCAUGCUAGGAGAGAUGGAAAGGUGGAAACAGGACCGGGAGAGUGGCCGCUUCUCCAAGUCUUGCGAGUGCUUGGUGGUGAGAGUGGCCCCAGAUCUUGGGGAGAGGAUCACACUGAGUGGGGAUAAGUCCUUGAUAGAAGAAGUGUUCCCUGAAAUUGGAGACGUGAUGUGUAACUCUGUCAACGCCGGCUGGAACCACGACUCGACGCACGUCAUCCGCUUCCCACUGAAUGGCUACUGCCACCUCAACUCAGUUCAGGUACUUGAGAGGUUGCAGCAAAGAGGGUUUGAGAUUGUUGGCUCGUGUGGAGGUGGGGUGGACUCUUCCCAAUUCAGUGAAUACGUACUGAGGAGAGAACUCAGAAGGACAUCUCGUGCACCCUCCGUCAUUCGAAUAAAGCAAGAGCCUCUGGACUAAAAAUGGACACCUUUCUUUAUG